UUUACGAAGCAAUUGGACAACGAUUUCGAUUCCUCACGACAAGCCAAGUUAAUUAAGAAAAGAAUAUUUGGAGAAAUGCCUGGCUAGGGUUAGGAUUUACGAGGAAUUGAACAACGAUUUCGAUCCAGCAACGAGUUAUCUGCAGUAAUUCGGUCGGAGACUCAGUUCUGGUGCCGAGUUAGGACGGCGGCGGCGACUGGAAAGAAUGGCCUCUACCCGGUAAACGUCUCCGUUCACUGUUUUUUCACUCUCUGGGUAAAAUCAUUUUAAGAAAUUAGUGAUAGCUGUUUACUUGCGGUGAAAUGAUUAUUAGAAAGCAACUUUGCAGUAAUUGCUAUCUCUUGUUUCGUCCUCACACCAAAUGCUUAUCUUCAGCAACCGUAGAAUCGAGUUCCAUUGACAUAGAAACCCAAAUUAGAUCAUUAUGUGAUAAAUCCAGUCCCCGACUCGAAGAUGCUUUGCUCCUCUUUAAUCAAGCUGUUAAAAUUCACGGCCUGCCUUCUGAAUCAACGUGCAAUUUUCUUUUAAAAACAUUUUUACAGUCAAAGAAGUAUAGCAUGGUUAUCUAUGUCUACAAUAAGAUGAAGGGUAUCCAAGCUUUUCGCAGUUUCUUUUCAUUGAAAGUUCUGAUCGAGAUUUUCCAGCAUUCUAAUAAGCCCGAUUUGGCUUUUGGAGUGUUGGGCACGAUGGUGAAGUGUGGUUUUCAAGUUAACACAUUUUGUAUAAAUGUUGUUUUAAAUGGACUUUGUCGAAAUGGUGAUGCUUCAAGAGCUUUAAAGGUUUUCAAUGAAUGGUGCAGAGGGCCUGUAUUGCCUGAUGUGAUUACUUUCAACACUCUUAUGAACGGGCUUAGUAAAAAUGAUCGAAUUGGAAAAGCAAUGGAUUUGUUUGAUGAAAUGAAGCUGAAGGGCCUCAAUCCGGAUGUUUUUACUUACAUCAUUCUUAUGAACGGGCUUUGUAAAAAGGAUCGAAUGGGAGAAGCAAUGAAUUUGUUUGAUGACAUGAAGCUGAAGGGCCUCAAUCCGGAUGUUUCUACUUACAAAACUCUUAUGAACGGGAUUUGUAAAGAGGGUCGAAUGGGAAAAGCAAUGGAUUUGUUUGAUGACAUGAAGCUGCAGGGCCUCUAUCCGGAUGUUUAUACUUGCAACACUCUUAUGAACGGGUUUUGUAAAGAGGAUCAAAUGGGAGAAGCAAUGGAUUUGUUUGAUGACAUGAAGCUGAAGGGCCUUAAUCCAAAUGUUUUUACUUACACCAUUCUUAUGAACGGGCUUUGUAAAAUGGAUCGAAUGGGAGAAGCAAUGGAUUUGUUUGAUGACAUGAAGCUGAAGGGUCUCAAUCCAAAUGUUUUUACUUACACCAUUCUUAUGAACGGGCUUUGUAAAGAGGGUCGAAUGGAAGAAGCAAUGGAUUUGUUUGAUGACAUGAAACUGAAGGGUCUCAAUCCGAAUGUUUUUACUUACACCAUUCUUGUGAACGGGCUUUGUAAAAAGGGUCAAAUGGGAGAAGCAAUGGAUUUGUUUGAUGACAUGAAGCUGAAGGGCCUCGAUCCGGAUGCUGUUACUCACGGUGCACUUGUCAAUGGACUUUGCAAAGCUGGGAAUUUCGACGAGGGAAAGAAACAUUACGAGAAGAUGUUGGAAAAAGGAGUUGAACCGCACAAAUUCAUUUAUUCAAGUUUGUUACAGUAUCUUUGCAAAACAAGGCGAUGGGAGGCAGCUAGUGAGUUAUUCAAUGUUAUGUCAGACCGAGGAAUAAAACAGGAUCUGGUAAUCUGCAACGUUUUAAUCGAUGGGCAUUGUAGAGAUGGAAGGCCCAUGGAAGCUAUGCGGUUAGUAGACUUAAUGGCGGAGAAUGGUGAAGAGGCAGACAUAAUAACAUAUAAUUCACUAAUGGAUUUUGUAAAUCUGGUUGAUGAGGCGAUGGAGUUAGUAUCCUUGAUGUUGAAAGACGAGAAUCGUGUAGAGCCAGAUCAUCAAUUGUUAGCAGCUUUAAUUCACGGGCUUUGUAAAGAAGGUCGUCUACAAGAAGCGAUGGAGAUUCAUCGUGAAAUGAACACGAGAGAAAUAUUUCCUUUUAAUAUACUAAUACAUGCUCAUUUGAAGAAAGGAGAUGUUGGUGAAGGAAUGAAGUUAUUGAAGACCAGGCUUGAAAUGGGAUUAGUUCUGGAUUCACACACUUAUUCAGUUUUGAUAAAUGGAUUCUUCCAAUUGAGAAUGAUGAACAUUGCGAAAGGUCUUUUGACGUUUGGAGGAGGCAAAGGGUUUAUUACCAUAGACAGUAAACCAGAUGUUGCAUCUUUUAAUACCAUAAUUCAUGGAACUAUAAGAGCGAAUGAUCUACAAUCGGCAAAACAAUUCUUCGAGGAAAUGCUUCAAAUGGGCGUGGAACCUGAUGUUGUGACCUUUUCAACCCUUGUAAAUGGAUUUAUGAAAUUAGUACAUUGGCAGGCGGGAAAAGACACCUUCGAGAGGAUGGUAGCUUGCGGUUAUGGUCCUACUGCUGCUGUAUACGAUUCUUUACUAAACGGUUUCCUUGCGAUGGGUGAAAAGGAAGAAAUAAUUGGUUUGCUUAGACGGAUGGCAGCUGAGGGGUUUCGUCUUAAACGAAGAAAUUACUGAUACGAUUGUGAAAUGUUUGUAUCUUUUUUCUGAACAUGAUAAUGUUGAAAAUAUCUUGCCUAGUUUUCAACAGGAGAUUUCUAAGGUGGUUUGAGAAUAAAAUAGAAGAAUUGUAUUGAAUGAAAUUAUGAAAGUGCCAAUAGGUUUAGAAUUGAAAUUGCCAA